GUUCUUGGAAGGAAGCCUGGGUCUGGGUACAUCUGAUGUCCUUCCUGGUAUUUAUGUAAGAAUUCCGUCUCUGAGAGAGAGAGAAUGGGGACAGUGGUGGUUCCAAGCUCCAUGGAAGUCUCCAUCCCGCUCGGCGAUCAGAAGGACGGCGGCUUCGUCGGCCGCCGGAACCCGAAUGACUUGGACGCCGGAGCUCUCUUCGUCCUCAAAUCACGAGGGUCGUGGUGGCACUGUGGGUACCACUUGACGACGUCGAUCGUGGCGCCGGUGCUGUUGAGCCUACCCUUCGCGAUGAGCCUGUUGGGUUGGGUGGCCGGGACCGUGUGCCUGGCUCUCGGGGCCGCGGUCACGUUUUACUCUUACAACCUCCUCUCGCUCGUCUUGGAGCAGCAAGCCCAGCUUGGCCAGCGCCAGCUCCGGUUCCGCGACAUGGCCCGCGACAUCCUAGGACCCUCAUGGGGAAAAUAUUUCGUGGGGCCUCUACAGUUUGCUAUAUGCUAUGGUGCUGUCGUUGCCUGCACUCUUUUGGGUGGACAGAGUCUCAAGUUCAUAUACUUGCUCUAUGAGCCAGAUGGGAAAAUGCAGCUCUACCAAUUCAUCACCAUGUUUGGUGUCCUAACUCUGUUCUUGGCACAAGUCCCCUCCUUCCACUCCCUCAGGCACAUUAACCUCGUCUCUCUCGUCCUCUGCCUCGCUUACAGCGUUUGCGCCGUGGCCGGCUCCGUCGACAUCGGAAACUCAGUGAAUGCCCCGCCAAAGGACUACUCCUUGGCCGGCAGCCGAGUCGAUCGGCUUUUCGGCGCCUUCAACGGGAUCUCCAUCAUAGCCACCACUUACGCCAGCGGAAUUAUUCCCGAGAUCCAGGCAACUCUGGCUCCACCGGUGAAGGGCAAGAUGUUCAAAGGCCUGUGUGUGUGUUACUCGGUCAUAGUGACCACAUACUUCAGUGUUGGAAUCUCUGGAUAUUGGGCCUUUGGGAAUCAAUCCAAAGGAACGAUUCUGACCAAUUUCAUGGGCCAGACCAAGCCACUCCUUCCCACUUGGUUUCUCUUGAUCACCAACAUUUUUUGCCUCCUUCAAUUAUCAGCAGUCACUGUGGUAUAUUUACAACCGACCAACGAAGUGUUCGAGAAGAAACCGGCGGACCCGAAGAUGGACCGAGACUCGGCGCGCAACGUGGUGCCCGGGCUGAUCGCUCGGUCGCUGUCGGUGGUGGCAGCGACCACGGUGGCCACGAUGUUGCCCUUCUUCGGGGACAUCAUGGCGCUGUUCGGCGCGUUCGGGUGCAUCCCGCUGGACUUCAUACUGCCCAUGGUCUUCUAUAACGUGGCCUUCAAGCCCUCCCGGAGGAGCCUCGUGUUACGGGUGAACACGGCGAUCAUCGCCGUGUCCUCGGUGUUGGUGGCCAUCGGCAUGGUGGCAUCGGUCGGGCAGAUGGCUCUCGAUGCCAAGACCUAUCGCUUGUUUGCUAACAUGUAACGCCUAUAAUUGAACGCACCAACCGUUUAAAUUGUAUGCACGGUUGAGGCUACGUAAUUUCCUUAUUUAA